AUGGAAAUAAGUGAGACCUCAAGAAAAAAUUAUGAACAAAAGCUAGAUUACAAAACCGAAGGAAAUGCGAGGGAGCCACUGAAAAGGAUCAAUAGAACUAGAGGAGGAUCAAGAAGAACAAGUGAGAGAAGAGAGAGCGUGACUGAUUUAGAAGCAGAGGAGACAAAAGGGUUUAUGGAUUUAGGUUUUGUUUUCACAGAGCAAGACUUGGAUUCGGAGUUGCCGGAGAUUCUUCCUGGCUUACGGACAUUUCUCCACCGGAAAGAACAGAGCAAGACAGAUUCUUCGGUGCCGAGACCAUACUUGUCGGAGGCAUGGGAAUUUCAAGGUGAUAAAUGGAGAGAAAGAACAGAGAAAGAUUCAAUGGUUAUAGAUUUGAGAAUGGCUAAGUUAUGUGGUGAGACGAACAUGAAGGAUAGUCUUAGAUGGUGGGCUCGUUCGGUAGCUUCCAGUCUCAAAUGA